AUCACAAUCAAGCCUACCUAGUGCUGGAGCUGCGGAUACACAGCGGACGUGGUCUUAAUAUGUUACGCAAGUUUUAUCGGUGUGUUUAGAAACAAUUAUGUAUGUAGGUACUUAAUCUUAUUGUGAUUUUGAAGUAAAAAUUUCCGCAUAGAAUGAAGAACUAAAAAUUUCGUCUUCAAUGUGAAUUAGUAAUUUUAUAGGUAAAUACUUCAUUUUAAUUACUCAGCUGUGUAAAACAUCGAUAACCUACGGCCUACAAUGUAUUUUUCUACAGUUGUCUGUUGCAUUUUAGUAACCGCCAUAAAGGAAGUGCUAACGAUCAUAACUAGUGGACUAUUUACGAUCCGAACAGAAGGAUGUACCAUUCCCGGCUUUUCCAAAGUGACUGAAAGAAUAAAAAUGAUAGUCGCUGCUCCGCCCCUAACACGCAACUGUACCGCGCCUGAAAAGCUCGUCAGAGCAAAUACAUCUCACAUCUGGGUGGCGCAUGAAGCUAUCGACUCUUACAACGUUUUUAGAGAAGACACAUUUUACUGUUGCUACAAACAUUUUUCUGCUCCAAUUAACCUAAAUAAUAUAGUGUAUAGUGAAUGCAAAGAAUUUGUAACUGUGAUAAAAGUUGAACACGAAUUUGUGCAAAUUGAAUGCUAUCACCUAGACGAAGUAAUUUACACCGAUUUCUUUUUAUUUGAUUUUCAUAAAGAGAUUACUACCAACAGCUCACACAGUCAAGAAUCAUUUAAUGUACUUAUACUUGGUAUUGAGAGCAUGUCUCGACUUAAUUUUCAUCGUACAAUGCCUAAGACGGCAAGUUUUCUCAAGGAAAGAGGUGUUCUAGAGUUCCAUGGUUAUAAUAAAUUAGGGGACAACUCACUUCCCAAUUUAUUUCCUCUUCUGACGGGAUUCUCAUAUAAAUAUGUUAAGAAAAUAUGCGUCCAGAAUAGCAUAUUUAACGUUGACAAAUGUGCCCUUAUAUGGGAUAAGUUUAAAGAGAAAGGGUUUCACACUGCCCUAGGCUCGGACAGUAUAGCUGGCCUACUAGGCAACUACGAAUAUACUUUGCCCAGGAUACCCACCGACUCGUAUUUGCAACCAUUUAUAUUCGAAACCAGGAAGUUAUUUAGAAAUCAACAGUACAACUUUCACCCAUGUAUGGGCUCGAAAUAUUUUUAUAAAGUACUGCUAGAUUAUAUUUAUGAAUUAGCUCAACAUUUGACUUUACACAAAUUCUUCGGUAUCUUUUGGGAAGAAUCGAUAAGUCAUGAAGAUCUUAACAGCCCCCACAUCAUGGAUGAAUCUUAUGUAAACUUUUUGACUAAAUUACAUAAAGACAAUUAUUUGGAUCGAACUGUACUUAUAAUCCUAAGCGACCAUGGCAUGAGAUGGGGUAAAAUAGUUGAAACAGAACAAGGUCGAUUGGAAGAACGUUUACCAUUAUUGAAUAUACUUUUUCCAGAACAGUUUAAACAGCGUUAUAAACUAGCUUUCUAUAAUAUUAAACAUAAUGUACACCGACUAACCACACCAUAUGAUAUUCAUGAAACAUUAUUAGACCUAUUAAAUCCAAACUCACUAGAUGAUUCCAAAAUCAAAGAGAGAAGUAGAGCUCCUAGUUUGAACAAAUCGAGUCUGUUUGUUCCUAUAUCUGCCAUAAGAAAUUGCUCAUCAGUUGGAAUUGAAGAACAUUGGUGUGCUUGUCGGCGAGGAGAGAAAAUUAAGGUAGGAAACAAAAUGAAAACAAUGGCUGCAACUAAUCUCGUAGUGCAAAUCAAUAAGCUGUUAAAAAAAUAUUCACAAUGUCAUAAACUGAUCCUUAGUUACAUUUAUGACGUAUAUUUAGUAGAACAUAAUGGAAAUUGGCGAAUUUAUACAGCAAUGGUAAAAACUGAGCCUGGAGGAGGUAUAUUUGAUGGUACUCUUAUCCAAGAUACGUCACGGUGGCUGAUCUCUGGAACAGUUAGCCGCUUAAAUCUUUAUCGAAAUCAUAGCGACUGUGUUGAAAACGAGGACAUUAAAUUGUAUUGCUAUUGUUGCUAA